CACAUCCGCUUGUUUGAAAUUUUUGUUUGGUAGUAACUACUAAGUUCUGCACAGAUUCUUUCAUUGAUCUGUGCACAGAUUUAUUCUCAUCUUUUAGAGAGCAUAGUUAGUUAUUGAAAUUAGAGGUUUUAGGCUGCUCUAGUUUAGCUCAAGCAAUUACUCUUAUAAUUUUCCAUUUUAGGCACGUGCAUAAAUGUUAAUUCCUGAAUAUUGCUGGUAUACAUAGUUUAUGCCAUUUGAAAAGGUACCCAUCCAGCCUCCACCCUCAUUCUCUGCUAUGAGCUAAAGGUGAAAGAACUAUUUAUCACUUCACUGUCUUGUUUGUCGAGUUGUCCCAUGAUUUGGAACUGUGGAUGGUUCCUUUUCGAAGGCGAAGCAAAUUUAAUGAUCAAUUACAUGUUAUUUGCAUAUUCUGUCUUACAAAUCUAAAAGAGACCAUUAUUAUACAGUAAUAAUUUCAGAAGUCGACACCUAAAAUAUGCUCCUGAGCAUAACAUCUGCUUGCAGCUUCGCUGUUUAUCUUGCAACUUUUGAUGCAGACAGAUUCAUUCUGACAUUCUUUUAGGUAGCACCAAAAUAUAGUUAGAUAUUGAAAACUAUUUCUCCAAAAGAAUAUAAUUAGAUAUUGAAAAUGGAUGUUUUAGGCUGCAUUCAUCUGCUGUAUUGAUGAGUUAGUGUAUAAUGUGGUCUUUCUUUAAGUCGUUUAGCUCCAUCAGGUUAAAGUUGUCAGCAAUAAUUUCCAUGUUAGCUACUUAGCUCUGCAUAGUAGUUGAGUAACUCCUAAUUUUUUAACGGAACACAAUCUGUCUGUGCAAUAUGAAAAGUUCACAUUCUCCCCCACCCUGGGAUGUACAGAGGUUUAUUUUUCCUUAUUGGGCUAUUGUUGAGAAGAGCUUUUUAUCAAUCCUCUGCUCAACAACUUUCCUAUUGUGUUGCAUGAGAUCACUUCUGAAGGCCGGCGGAUAACAAAACUUGAUCAGAUAUUGCUUAAUGGAAACAAUAUUGCUAUCAUGACUGGUUCCUGGUGGAUCACCACCUGAUGAGUGAUAAUUGCUGUGCAACUUGUGCUGUUUACUGAGGCUAGUUGUUGAAGAUUUCAGCGAGAAAUCAAAAAGUCAAGCGAUGUUAUGUACCCUGGGAUGCCAGAAGAGGCCAUUUUAAAAGCUUGCCCUGUAUGUCGUAACCUUUGCAACUGCACAGCAUGCUUGCGGUUAGAUGGGUUAGCUAAACAUUUGAUGUUUGUUGAAGUAAAGUUGAGUGAUGAAGAAAAACUUGAGUAUUCUAAGCACAUUGUACGAGCACUUUUGCCUGCUUUGGAAAAAGUUAAUACAGAGCAAAUGAUUGAAAAGCUGAUUGAGUAUCAGACUCGAGCUGUAAAUCUUCAAGAAAAAGAUUGUUUCUUUGAGUACCAUUUUUCUUUCCAUGGGCAGCAUUAGCAGAUUCAGAGGUGAUAAUGCGCAAAGCAAAAUACGAGAAGGAUGAGCGCAUUUAUUGCAACUAUUGCAGUGCUUUUAUUGUUGAUUUUCAUCGGAGUUGUUCUAGCUGUUCCUUUGAACUUUGCCUAACUUGUUGCAAAGAACUAAGGAAUGGAAACCUGCUAGCAGAUGCAUCCGAAGUGCGGAUGCAAUUUAUUGACAAUGGACCAGGUUAUUUGCAUGGUAAAUGUUGUAGCAUAACUUCAACUAAGAACGGAACUACUGAAGUUAAAAUAAGGGAUCAAACCAAGGUGGCAAUGGCAUCUAAAUGGAAACCGAAGGAAAAUGGUACCAUUCCUUGCCCACCCAAAGAUAUGGGAGGCUGUAGUAAAGGAACCUUAAAUUUGAGACGUAGUUUUUCUGAGAAUUGGAUAUCACAGCUUUUACUGAAAGCUAAAGAAAUAGCACAUAAAUGUACGGAUAAUGAUUCAGAGCUGCACUGCUCCUGUUCAAUUUCUAAGGGUGCAAAUGAUAUUUCUGGUGGCAAGCUACGUAAGGCAGCUGCUCGAGAAAAUUCUGAUGAUAACUAUGUAUUCUGUCCUGCAGCUGUGGAUACUCGGCGUGCAAAUUUCAGGCAUUUUCGGCUCCAUUUGUGUAAGGGUGAACCAGUUGUUGUAACUAACGUUCUUGAUAAUGCAUUGGGAUUGAGCUGGGAACCUAUGGUAAUGUGGCGUAUUUUUCGACUAAUCACGAAGGCUGCAGAUGUUUUAAAUUGCUUAAAUUGGUGUAAGUUGGAAAUGAACAUACACCAGUUUUUCAAAGGAUACAUGGAGGGUCGCUUUGACAGUUAUGGGUGGCCUCAACUCUUAAAGUUGAAUCACUGGCCGCCAUCAGGUCUAUUUGAUGAGCGGUUGCCGCGUCAUGGUGCCGAAUUUUCUAGUUGUUUGCCUUUUAUGGAAUAUACACAUCCUCAAUAUGGCUAUCUCAAUCUCGCUCUAAGACUUCCUGAUAACUGUUCGAAGCCUGAUUUGGGGCCUAAGGCAAACAUUGCUUAUGGUUUUCCUAAGGAGCUUGGACGUGGAGACUCAGUCACCAAACUACACUAUGCUGUGAGUGAUACGGUCAACGUGUUGAUGCACACUCAAGCAGUGGUCCCAACAAUUGAACAGCUCUCGGCCAUAGAGAAGUUGAAACAAAUUCACAAAGCGCAGGAUCAGAGGGAAUUUGUAGCUGAAGCUAGCAGGAUGCACGAAAGUAAAGCUGAGAAUAAGAAGUACAGCCAGCAAAGUGUAAAAGCUGAUUGUGAAACCAAUAAAGAGGGAGAAGAAUACCAAUACAGAGAAGAUAGCAUUUCUCUUUUUGGGCAGGAUAGGUCUGAAGGAUUUGAAGAAGCAGAUGGCGGUGCUCUAUGGGAUGUCUUUAGGAGGCAAGAUGUUCCUAAAUUGGAGGAAUAUCUCAGGAAGCACUUUAGGGAAUUUAGGCACACAUAUGGCUCACCGUUGCCGCAGGUUAUUCAUCCCAUUCAUGAUCAAACUUUCUACUUGAGCACUGAGCAUAAAAGGAGGCUAAAGAAAGAAUAUGGCAUUGAACCAUGGACUUUUGUUCAAAAAUUAGGUGAAGCUGUUUUUGUUCCUGCUGGAUGCCCUCAUCAAGUCAGAAAUUUAAAGUCCUGUGUCAACGUCACUGUUGAUUUUGUAUCUCCUGAAAAUGUGAAUGAGUGCAUCCGUUUAACUGAGGAGUUUCGCAAGCUUCCCAGAAAUCAUGAUGCGAGGGUAGAUAAGUUGGAGGUAAAGAAAAUAAUUGUUCAUGCGAUGAGCCAAGCAGUGGAUCAAUUAGAGAAGACACUAUUUAGGAACUCUGAAGCAGGCAUCGCUACAGGAUUAUCCUCAUCAAGUCCGAUAAGCAAAAGUAUAAAUGCUAUGCCAGGACCAAGUAUGCCAAAAUCUUCCUCUUCCAUUUCGGAAGAUAUAUCCAGUAGCAAGACUGCCAAAAGAGAAGAAUAUGUUGCUCCAAGUGUGGAUGAGAAACCAACAACUACUGAAGUUAAUCUACAUUAUCCACUUCCAGUUCUUGAUUUGUCUUCCGCAAACAAGGCUAUGCCAGGACCAGGUAUGCCAAAAUCAUCCUCCGCUUUGGAUGAUCUGUCCAGCAGCAAGACUGCCAAAAGAGAAGAAUAUGUUGCUCCAACUGAGAAUAAGAAACCAAGAACUGCUGAAGUUAAUCUACAUUCUCCGCUUCCAGUUCUUUCAGCAAACAAGGCUCAAGAAAGCACAUCAAUUCCUAGUGGAAAUUUGAAGCAAUCCAUCAAUAUAGAAGAUGUGGAAUCAACUUUCCACACGGUUAAAUCAUUCUUGAAGUCUUUACCAGAGCAGGAUUCAAGCCAACAAUCAGGACUCCAGAGCAACACUGCUUCAUACCAAACUCUAGCAAGGGUAAUAUUUGAAUGCUCAAUCAGAUUGUCAUUGGAGGCAUUGGCUCAUGACCCAGUGCAUGAAAAAGAAAUGCACGGUGCAAUUGCUGCUUUAAAUGAAAAUCCCUCCUCUCUCUUUAGUGACGAACAAGCCAAGCAAUUGGUAAAACUUAAAUAUGAAUUCCCUGUCAUGGUCAAGAAAUGGAGGGACUUGGCACGAGCUGAAUCAAGUUGCCAGGAAUUCUUGACCAGCUUCGAAGAGGAUAGGAAAAAACUGGAUGAUUGGAUUAGAUCAGAAGCAAAGUUGAAGUCGGAGUAUGUUAAAAAGGAGGAACAAGCUAGAGAAUUGGAAGCAGCCCUUCAAACUAUAAAGAACCAGCAAAACGAAAUCAUGGAUGAAAGACAAGAAGCGUCUCUAGCAGCUCAGAAAAUCAUGUUGUCAGCUCAAGAAAAAGCUGGCAAGAUAGAAAGCACUAAAACUGAAUUGGUAGCAACAAAGAUGCAGAUGGAUGGCUUGCAAACAAAUUGGUCCAACUUUCAGUCUAAAUUCCCCUAGAUGUUACUUUCAGGUCUCUCCUUCUAUUGUCACAAAUCACGAUUGUUUAACUUCCUUGGCUUUAUGUUUCCUAGGCCUAGAUGUAUUUUGGAAUGUGGAGCUUUAGUCCAUGUGUACAUAUACACGUG